UGGCAAUGAUCUGCGACGGUGGCGCAGAGAUGGUACGUCACAUUUUUAAGGAACUACGAAAUGUCGCUACUGUAACGCGCUAUUUGGUUACGAAAUAAGUGGUUUAAUGAUGUCUGUAUUUCACGACGAAGUUGAGAUCGAGGAUUUUGAAUAUGACGAGGAUGAAGAGAUGUACUAUUUUCCCUGCCCAUGUGGUGACAGAUUUGCCAUAUCUAAAGAAGAUUUGGAAAAUGGAGAAGAAGUAGCAACAUGUCCGAGUUGUUCGCUCAUUGUGAAAGUAAUCUACGACAAGGAGGAAUUCAUGUCUGGGGAGAUAAUCGAAGCACCAACUACCGAGAACAAACUGGAGCUGGCUCAGUCCUGAUGGUCAUCACACAACUACCUGGUUUUCUCACCUUCUCUUGGCUGCAUUUUUGUUGUACUCCCACAUGACACAGAGACAAAUUGGGCCAGUUUCGUGGACACAGAUCAAGCCUACUUUAGGAAGAAAAAUCUAAAUCCAUGGAGAACUCCACGUCCGCAGUCUUCCCAUUAUGAACUAUGGUCUAUGUGUCAUUGUUGAGGUCUGUGAUGGAGAAAUCAGUUCUGCAGUCAUGUAAAGGCAGGGGACCCUAACUCAGAUUUGCAAAAAGUAUUUAAAUACAUUUAAAGUUUAUUUUUUAUAAACAUGUUCAUACGUCUUUGCUGAUUUCCCAUUGUUAAACUCAGGAGUGAAUACCGGAUUUUAGCUUUUUUCACUGCAUGCAGU